CUUGUUUUUGUCUAACAUCUGUAAAAUAGGUUGUGAAAAAAAUUAUAAAAGUUUAAUUUUUACUCUCUCUUGUGAAAAUGAUAUCUGUUUAAAUCAAUUGUAUGUAUCUGUAGUGUGAGGGAGCUAAAAUUGUUAGGAUCAUAAUUUUGGUUAUAUCAUGGCAUUCUUAGCAAAAGUUAGGAAAGAGGAUCUUAAAUCCUUGGCUGAAGAGUUAGGGGAAAAAGUUAGCCCUGAACUUAGGAUAUUGGAUUUAAGACAGCUGAUUAUGGGAAAUGAAUCCUAUGAGGAGGAACUAGUGAAAGGCCUGUUAGAAAAUAUCACUUCAACGAGGCUUGAGAGAGAAAAAAAGGAGCAAGAAAGAAUUAGAAGAGAAGAAGAAGAAAGGCAAGAAAGAAUUAGGAGAGAAGAAAAAAAGGAGCAGGAAAGAAUUAGGAGAGAAGAAGAAGAAAGGCAGGAAAGAAUUAGGAGAGAAGAAGAAGAAAGGCAGGAUAGAAUUAGAAGAGAAGAAAUGGAAUUUGAAUUAUCCAAGUUACGUUUACUAGCCGCUAACGGAAAUGACUCUGGAAAUGGUGGGAAUGAAGAAAAUGGACUAAAAAAAAGCCGAUACGAUCUAAAAAAAAUGAUGCCAAAAUUUGAUCCUGAAGAGAACGAUAUCAGUUUGUAUCUAGUCAUGUUUGAGCGCCAAGCAAAGCGUGCGAAUCUUCACCAAUCAGAAUGGGUUUCGGUUUUAUUGACAAUUUUGCCAACUGACAUAGUUCAGCUGAUUAUGCGAGAACCAGAACAGCAGGCUUAUGAUUACGCUUAUAUAAAAGGGAUACUGCUUAAAAGGUUCAAACUUAGUCCAGAAAAAUUUCGCAUCAAAUUCGUGCAAUCUCAGAAACACCCCCAAACCACUUGGAGAGAUUUUGCCUUUGAAUUAAGGAAUUAUUUUGAAGAAUGGAUUGCAGGUUUGGAAGUUACGGAUUUUGAACUUUUAAAGGAUCUCAUGAUAACGGACCAAAUGAAGCGUCGUGUAAAUGCCGAAGUGCGGCAACAUUUUAUUGACGAAUGGUCGAAGAUAACGACUCCAGAGAAAUUAGCGGAAAUGCUAGAAGAAUAUGAAAAUGUGCGUGAACCCCGAAAGAAGAUCUCUCCUGUUCAUAGUUCGGAGUCACAAAGGGGAAAUAUAAAUAAUUUUAAUUCGAGGGAUCCGCAAAAGUAUCACCAGUCUGGAGGGGAAGAUAGAUAUGCCUCUGACAGAAAGGAACAUCUCCGGAAUCAGGAUGAGCGUCAAUUUGAUAUGAGAAGACCCCUUAAGUGUUAUUCUUGUGAUUCAACCCAACACUUAAGGCCUCAAUGUCCGGAAAUUAAAAGAGAUCUCAAAACUCCGUUUAUUGUAAAUAGAGUCCAGGAGAUUGAAGAAGAUUGUUUAGCCCCGUAUCUAACGAUGGCUAAAGUGAACGGUUUUGAUCUUCCAGUUUUGAGAGAUACCGGGUCAUGCAUUGACGUAAUUUGCAAGAAAUAUCUCACUCCUUCGAUGCUGACGGGCGAGACUGUUUGGGUCAAACACCCGUUUGAUGAGGCCCCAAUUUGUGUACCCUUAGCAAAUGUUACAAUAGAAGGAACUUUUGGCCAAGUAACAACAAAAGCAGCGGUCACUCGAAAUGAAUUGGAACAUUAUCUGUUAGGAAACAGAACCGCCGAAAAAUUAGCCGUAGAUCAACACGAUAAACUUUUCUUUCAGGUGAAAACAGGUAUUCGAGCUCCGAGUCAAUCAAAGAAUGAAAUGGGGAAAAGUUGUCCACUGGAGUCUGAACGCGGCGAACUCGAACCCUCAAGCGAAGUUUCUCCCCUCAUUAUAGAAAGGGGUAAAGUCUUGUCUCAAACACAAAGGAUAGAGAAAACCAAUUUCUUUCCGCCUGAAACGAAAGUGAAUGAACUAUCACUGCCUACAAUAAAAUAUUCUUUUAUAGCGGACCUACAAAAGAAAAGUGACGUUGUAAAGCCAUCUUGUGACUUAGGGCCCGAUUCAUGA